GUUUCAGAAUGAGUCGAUUCCUAGCUUGUGAUUAUGCUAGACUAUCAACAUCGUCGCAGACAAUCUUUUGCUUUACUUAGUCAUGAUUAAAUUCAAAAUGUUCGGGGGCUUCGCGAGAUUGAUGCUCGUACCGAUAUUCCUUCCCGGCCUUCCUUUUCCGUCCUCCUUCUCACUGCCGAGUGCUGUCUACGCCAGCUCUUCGACUGUUCGCAGUAGUCCUGCGAACAAAGCCAGUCAUUCUCGAAAUACAAAAAGGAAAAAGGGCACAACUAGAUCACGAACACAAGAACGAAGUAGUUCUUCACGACUACUUCAACAUCGUGUCGCACGAGAGCAGGACGACGAUUCAAAAAGAACAGCCAGCAAAGACCGUGCAGCCAGCACAUCAGACCCUGUAGGUGUAGUUGACGGAGCAGAAGCAGGAGCAGAGGAGCCAUGGAAGCCCAGGCUAUCUCCACCUCUUCUAGCACAGCAC